AGUCCCAAAACCUCUCUCUUUCUCUCACCCCCAUCCAUGGCGCCACCGCGGUAAACCCCCCACAUCAAUUCCACCACCGCCAUGGCGCUCUCCGAGCUCCCCCUCCACCACUCCUUCCGCCUCGCCUCCCGCCCCCACCUCCACCUCCUCCCGCUCCGCCUCCUCUCCUCCUCCCGCUCCUCCGCCUCUCCCACCGCCGCCUCCGCCUCCUCCUCCGGCGCCAACCGCGCCCCUCCCGCCCCCUCCCGCGGCGGCGGCGCGCCAUGGAUGCAGAAGUGGGCCCCAGCCGACCCCUCCGCGCCCCCGCCCGCCCCCUCCGCGGGGCCCUCCCCCACCACCUCCAUCGACCGCAUCGUCCACCGCCUCCGCAACCUCGGCCUCGGCACCGACGACGACGAGCCCUCCGCCUCCGCGGCCACCACCCCACUCGACGGCAGGGAGCGCCUCGGCGACCUGCUCGACCGCAGCUGGGCGCGGCCCGACCGCCAGUUCGCCGCCGCCGGCCUCGACGAGGCCGCGCUCCCGUGGGAGAGGGACCAGGAGAGCGACGGCGGGAGGGGCGAGGACGCGGACGGGGCCAAGAGGAAGAGGGUCAAGGCGCCCUCGCUCGCCGAGCUCACCAUGGACGACGCCGAGCUGCGCCGCCUGCGGGGCCUGGGCAUGAAGCUCCGGGACCGCGUCACCGUCCCCAAGGCCGGCGUCACGCAGGCCGUCACCGAGAAGAUCCACGACGCUUGGAGGAAGUCCGAGCUCGUCCGGCUCAAGUUCCACGAGGACCUCGCCCACGACAUGAAGACUGCCCAUGAGCUCGUCGAGCGGCGUACAGGAGGCUUGAUCAUAUGGAGGGCCGGGAGUGUGAUGGUUGUGUACCGAGGGAACAACUACACAAGGCCUGUGAAAUCUCAAACUUCUGAUGGUACCUCGUCACCACGGAACGCAGAAGAUACAGCAUUGUUCAUCCCAGAUGCCUCGGGCACCGGUGAGGACGAUAACCAGCCGAAGGGUUUAACUGCCCAGCGUGAUAACGUAUCCAGGUUGGAUAUACACAACACAGAUGACAUGACAGAGGACGAGCUGGAGUUCAAUCAAAUGCUUGAUGAGCUGGGCCCUCGUUUCGUGGAUUGGUGGGGGACGGGAAUCUUACCGGUGGAUGCCGACUUGCUGCCUCAAGCAAUUCCAGGUUACAAAGCGCCAUUUAGACUUCUCCCGACUGGAAUGCGCACAUCCCUUACCAACACGGAGCUGACUAAUUUGCGCAAGUUAGCGAGGAACCUCCCUUGUCAUUUUGCUCUAGGGAGAAACCGGAAUCAUCAAGGCUUGGCCGCAGCUAUUGUUAAGCUUUGGGAGAAGAGUUUGGUGGUGAAAAUAGCUGUCAAACGUGGAAUCCAGAAUACAAACAAUAAGCUCAUGUCAGAAGAAAUAAAGAACCUAACAGGGGGUACCCUGCUUCUUCGAAAUAAAUAUUACAUUGUAAUAUAUCGGGGAAAAGACUUCCUCCCAACAACCGUUGCCUCAGCCUUGGCUGAAAGAGAGGAGCUAACAAAAGAUAUCCAGAGUAUGGAGGAGCAGAGAAGAUGCAUUUCCAUUGCACACUCUCCGGACGAUGGUCUUGAUGGGCAUGCUCUCGUGGGAACUCUUGCUGAAUUUCAGGAGGCGCAAGCCCGUUGGGGAAGAGAUGUAACUUCCAGGGAGCAAGAAAAAAUGAAAGAAGCGGCUUUAAGAUCAGAAAAGGAAAAGCUUUUCAGAAGACUUGAACACAAGUUUUCUAUUGCCCAGGCAAAAAUACAUAGAGCAGGGAAGUUAUUACAAAAGAUUGAAGCUUCUAUGAUCCUCGCAAACCCAUCUGAUGACCGAGAAAUGAUUACAGAUGAGGAAAGGUCUGUUUUCCGUAGAAUUGGUUUGAAAAUGAGAGCAUAUUUGCCUGUUGGAAUCCGUGGUGUCUUUGAUGGUGUCAUUGAAAAUAUGCACUUGCACUGGAAGCACAGGGAAGUUGUCAAAUUGAUUACAAAACAAAAGACCUUGGCCUUUGUUGAGGAGACAGCACGACUUCUACAGUAUGAGAGUGGUGGUAUACUAGUUGCAAUCGAAAGAGUUCCCAAGGGUCAUGCACUUAUUUUUUACCGUGGAAAGAACUAUCGGAGGCCUAUUAACAUAAGGCCGAGAAAUCUGUUAACAAAGGCCAAGGCAUUGAAACGGGCGGUGGCAAUGCAACGCCAUGAGGCCCUCAGCCAGCAUAUAGAUCAACUGGAAAGCAAUAUGAAGCAAAUGAAGCGUGAUUUGGGUAUGGAGGACUACGAUGAAGAGGACGAGGAUGGAUCAGAUUCAGAAAAUGAAGACAAUGCAGCAAUGUCUGCAAGCUACGAUGAGGACCAAGACGAUUUCGAUGAAUCUAGCGAUGAAGAUGAAUUCGGAGAUUAUGAUGAAGACAAAGAUGGCGGGAUGGACGGCUAGCAUCCAAUUUUUGACAUGAAGGUCUAGGUUGAUGUUUAUCUCUACAGGCUAUAUUGCAGUCCAUUGGACAUUCUUGGUGGACGUGCUGUGCAGGAACCAAAGAGGAUCUGCGCGAGGACCUUGAUGAUUGUAUGUACGAGUUCACUUGGCUGUGAUGCCGGUCUGUACUCCCUUUGAUUUGCUCUCGGCAAUAUGAUUGUUGGCUUCUCCCUUUCAA